AUGGUUGGCGUUGCUAAGCGUAUGUCAAAACUGACUGAAUUAAUGCACCUUAAGAUCGGUGAUGGAGCAAUCGUACUUCCGCCGGAGGUUCGAAAGAUACACAUGGACUUUGCAGUAACCAAAGACCCAUCACAUGCUGGCCCACGGAUAUUCUGGCGGAACCAACUGCGGCGGCUGAAAUAUCACAAUCCCAGAUUAGAAUGUACUAUAGCGCGCACAACCUCCGGCGACGACCCAGCGACAAUGACCCUCCACAUCGCCUCUCCCACAUCAGCAUCUGAUCCUCCAGCCACCCCUUCUUCCGAUACUACAGAUACAGGAAUGCGAGUUGAAAAAAUCGACAUCAAGAGCCGAGGGCCGGGGUCGAUAUUAGAAGAAAUACUGAAACUCGCUCCUGGAGGAAGGAAGAUUGAGGCUACUGAGGAGGACCUGAAGGUUAUUGCGGAGCUGAGGCAAAUGCAGAAAUCACAAAACAAGAGCUCUAAACAGAACGAGGUUAGGAAUACAGCGGCUAGAAUUGAGAAGGAGAAGGAUUUGUUAAGACGUGGCGCGGCGGUAUCAUGA